AUGUCUGACCGCGCGGGCUACACCGUCGUAGUGUAUGCGAUCGACAUCUCGCCGUCCAUGGGCGCGGACAAGGCCGACCCCGGCGGCAGCGGGGUCAAGCGCGCCAAGCUCGACUGGGCGAAGGAGUGCAUUGCGCGGCAGUGCGAGCCGAAGAUCCAGAGCGGACGCAAGACGGAGACUGUGGGCGUCUUGACGUUCGGCGGGCGCACAAACAACCACGCCAACCAGGCAUGGAUCGCAGAGAACCCAGACGACGCCGACCCGCCAUACACGUCCGUCAGCUCCGAGGUCGCGAUCCAGACCGUCAAGCCCAAGACGCUGGAGGUCGUGCUCAACCUUGAGACGGGGGAGGAGCAGGGGAACCCCAUCUCCGCCCUCGUCGUCGCGCUCGACAUGAUCCAGAUGCACAAGCACACCAAGGCGUGGUCCCUUGAGAUCGUGCUCAUCACCGACGGCGAGUCAGAGUUCGACCAGAGCGAGUACGAGGAGGCGAUGGACAAGCUCGACCAGCUAGGGUGCCGGUUGUCGGUCGUCGGUAUCGACUUCCAGGAGCUGGACCUGCCUGUGGAGAAGGAAAAGUCGAGAAACAAGCGCCUGUCGGAGAAGUUCUGGCGCAUCUUCAUUGGCCAGCUGAACGACAAGGUGCUCCAGACGACAACGUUUGAAAAGUUCCUGCCGAGGCUGCAGAUCCUCGACACCGAGCUGGUUAAGGAGCGCAAGCCGCACCCCGCCAUCGUGGCCGGUACCGUGUCCCAGACGCACCUGUACAUCGGCGCGGCGGACAUUGACCCGGCAGAGGCGAUCCAGAUCUCGAUCAGGUACUCGAAAGCGACGAUGAAGGCUCGCCCGCCGUCGCUCAGCAAGGCAUGGAAGGCGGCCGUGGAGAUGCAGCAGCCCCCCAGCGCGCGCUCGCACGGCCCGCAGGCGAGCCAGCUCAUCCAGUCGCUCACUGAGCUGCAGAGCCAGUCGCAGUCGCAGCAUGCUGCGCCCGUCGUCGCAUCCGACCUCGCCGCCAUGAUCUCGUCCGAUGUCAAGCGCCACAGCACGUAUGUCGUGCAGCACAAGCCUCCUGCUCCCGAGACGCAGGCGACGCAGGGUACCCAGGGAACCCAAGUCGAGAGCACGCAGCCGCCUACACUUGAGGAGGAAGGGGAGGAGGAGGUCGUGGACAAGGAGGACUUGGUCAAGGCUUGGCGCUUUGGAUCCAGCUGGAUCCCCAUGGAGGCGGACACGUUCGAGCCACUGCAUACGCAGAAGGGUGUCGAGGUCAUUGGCUUUGUCCCACGCGCAAAUAUCCGCCACUACAUGCUCAUUGGCGAGGUACGCUACGUCUGGCCGGACAUGACGUCGCCACGCGCGCAGAUCGAGUUCUCGUCGUUCGCCUCGGCCCUCUACCUCACCGACCUGACGGCUAUCGUGCGCUGGGUGAACAAGGACGACUCGGAGCCGACCAUUGGCGUGCUCAUCCCUUCGUUCCAGAUCCCUGAGCCGGGGAAGAAGCUCGAUCUGAUGUACUGGAUCAAGUUGCCGUUCGCCGACGACGAGCACAAGUUCUGGUUCCCGUCCUUGACAAAGUACAAGUCGACGACGGGCAAGUCUAUCACCGAGCACCCGUACAUUCCUACCGAGGAGCAGUGCGACCUCAUGGAUGAGCUGGUCAAGGGCAUGGACCUGGACCAUGCCGGUGAGGUGGUUCCGCGGGAUGAGGAGGAGGAGGAAGACGAAGACGAGGAAGAAGAGGAAGAGGAGCGCGGGCCAUGGUUCGACCCCGCCCUGUCGUAUAACCCCGUUAUCCACCGCACAAAGGAGGCCAUCUUCCAUGCGUCGUUGACCCCCGACCUCGAAGCCGACCCGCUUGGCCCGCCUCAUCCCGACAUUGUCAAGUACUUCCAGACACCGCCCAAGGUCGCGGACCGGGUGGACAAGGUUACUGAGCGGCUGAAGGAGGCGUUGGAUAUCAAGAAGGUUGCGCCGCGGGUUAGGAAGAGGGCGAACAACGAGGGCCUGCGUGACGACGAGGGAUACAUCGACAUCGAUGACCUGUUUGACGACGAGCCCGCCGACACCAAGCCUGUAGAACCAAAGACCGAGCUCGUAUCACCAGCCAAGCCAAAGGUCGAGUCUAGCCAGGCGGACGUCAAGCCGACGAUCGCCGACGACCCAGACUUCAUCGCACCGCUGCCAGCCAAGACCAAGCCCAAGCCCAAACCCGGCAGGCUGGUCAGCAACGAGCGGCCGUUGGAGGACUUCCAGGCGCUGGUGCAGGGCGAGGGCGAUGUGUUCAGAAAAGCCAUUCAGGACCUCGGCGUGGUCGUUCGCGAAAACGUAGCCGCAUCGUUCUCGCGCCAGGCGUUCCCACUCGCCCUCCAAUGCCUCGAGGAGGCGCGAUCAACAGCGCUGAUGUACGAAGAAGUGGAAACAUACAAUGACGUCGUCAAGGAUCUGGAGAAGGAAGUCAAGUCUGCGGGUUUCAAGCACCCAGACUUUUGGGACCAUUUCACAAAGGCGGGCGCCAAGGUGGCACUGAUUUCAGACGCAGAGGCGCAGGAAGCAUUGGAGGAGAGUUACGAGUAGCUGCAUGUGUGCUGUAGUUGUGUAUCGAGUG